CCGGGGGCACGCGCUCAGACACAUCACCUCCUCCAGCUGUGCGCGUGAGGGAUUAUUAUCCGCAGCCCAACAGGAAAAAUUAACCAGACAUACUGAAGAACUUCGUCAAACGCAAUGCUGUGUCUGAGAGAUCCUACCGACUGCCUGCGCGAUCAGAUGCAGUACAUGAUGAGAUCCCUGCAGGACUUGAAGCAGAUCAGCAGGCCGAGGCCGCUGAGCGAACCGUGCGUUCAGUCCUUCGCCGUAACUCGGCUCUGCAAACAGAGGGCGCAUCAGGAGCGACUCGCUCGACUACGUGUCUCUGACGCCAGUGAAGCCAGCACGUACGACUCUGCCUGCUGCCUGGCCAGCCCGCUGGAGGAGGAGGAGGAGGAGGAGGAGCAGGAGCAGGAGCAGGAGCGGCUGGCCCAGGGCUCCCCCAGCAGCGACAAGAGCGUGGACUUUGACUCGGGCUACUCUGAGGCUUCUUGGCAGGACGAAGGCGUGGUGCUGAGGAGGACCAGGAAUGUGAGAGUAUCCUCGUCUGCGUGUCUCCGAACAAAUAUCGGACCUUCUGGUCGCGUUCGACCGAAAUCAACUUCGGACGCUUGCCUGGAACGCUGGACUUCAUUCGAGGCCAGUGACCCGGAGGACUGGACCACGUCCCUGUUGAGCCGCAGCAGAAACAGGCAGCCCCUGGUUCUGGGGGACAACAGUUUUGCUGACUUAAUAAAGAACUGGAUGGACCUUCCGGACUGUCCCGAGCCGACAGAACUGAGGCCCAGUGCAGGCCGGCGUCUCGCCAAAGACAUUCUGGGUAAUAUGCGGCGAAGACUUGCAGGGAUGUCUAAAGGUGUGGAGAUGAGGCAAAGGCCAGCAGACUCAGCAAAGGCCAGCAGGGCUGCAGGGGCCCCCAAACGGAUGUCCUGUCCGGUGGGAUUCCAGGGCCUGAAACCUUUCUUCCACCAGUCCCACACAGGACUGCAUCAGCUGGACUCUGACUUCUACCAGUUCACCGCCCUGAUGAAGACAGGCAGCCGGCAGCCCAUCAUCUGCAACGACAUCAUUGGAUACAUUUGACCUGAACCGACCGAUCAUUUCACUGAGACGCUUUUAUUUUUCAGCAAUAACAUUUGUGAACCAUAAGGGACUUUUUUUUUUGUAUUUAAUGAAAACGUGUCCGGUUCCCGCUGAAGUUUGAGCAGCACUAAACAUCGCAAACCCAUUAAAAAGUAACUUAAAAUUCAAAGUAUUGUUGUCAUUCUUCAUUGAACUGGGUUGUAUUUUAAGUAUCAUCCUUUGUUGGCAUCACAGACGUGUUUCUGGAAAUACGGCGUGAGAAGCACACACUGGGGACACUAAAGCUCUGUGAU